AUGCUCAGCCCAGUCCAGCUGCCCAUCUAUCCUUGUUGCUUCGAUGCCCUCGCUUGGUCGCCUGACGGCGAGCUCGCCGUGGCCGCGGGUGAGCAAAUUCAGGUCUUGACACCGAAUGUGGGUGGAUCGACACCAACGUCCCAGGGACAAGAAACAUGGCAAAUCACACGCUUCCGCGUUAACGUCUUCACCUACGCUGAAUGGGCGGACAUCUACCCGCAAAAUCGAGAUAAUUUCUCGAUUGGAGCAGAGCAGUCGACCAGCACUAUCCUUGCUGUGGCGUGGUCACCACCAGGCCUCGCUCGAUUCCGGCGCAGUGUCCUGACCGUGUUAACGUCAAAUCUAAUCCUGUCCUUUUGGGAACCGAUCGGGCCCAAAAGGCAAUGGACCAGGGUGGGUAUAGUGAACCAUUUAUUCCACGAAAACCCAUCGCUUCCGACGAAGGUGGGAGGUGAAAAACUUCGCAAAGUGAACAUUCGGUCAUUCCAGUGGUGUGCACCUCUCAAGGUACCUACGCCUGCAGAUGGCUCCAACACACUUCCUGAAUUCAAGAACCGCUGGGGAAUUCAUAUGCUAGCUGUUGCAACGGACUUUAAUGAUCUGGCCCUGCUAAGAGUGCGUCGAUCCGCUGAGGGGCAAGGACUUUCCACCCCCUAUCGCAUUGAGAAGAUGACUCUUUGUCCGCUGAAUCGAGAACGUGAACAAUUCCCCAUGGCUGGCCCGGGAUCAAUCUUGCGUGACAGGAUUCAGUCACAAGUCCGUGUCUCUUCAAUCUCAUGUGGCCCAUGGAUCAUCACUCCAGCCUCGUGCAAGGAUGUUGUUCAUUCUGUCACUGCGAUCCUUACCGCCGUGUAUGGAACCCAACUCCGUUUCUUCAGAGCAAGAGUUGCCGUACGAAGCUCGAGUUGCAAAGGCGAGCACAUGCCUCGAUAUGAGGUCGCUGCUGAAUUGGGAGAUCACCCGGUGAUAAAGCUUGCUUCCAAGUGGAAUCAUCAGCGUGUCACUGGCCCGACAGCGUGGCUUUACACGAAUCAGGAUCAAGAUAUUGCUCUUGCAGUUGGCGUCACUGGGGGCCUCCUCACCAUUUCAAUGCGGCUCUCUGCGUACGAAGGUGUCAGCACAGAAGAAACACAAGUCCAAAUACGGAACUGGCCUUUCCAUGAGCCGAUCUCGGAGAUCAAUGACUCCCCAGAGAGGCAUUGGGACCCUAUCACAGCAAUGACCACCUCACAAGAUGAGAAACGCGGUACUUGCACACUCCAUGUCUGCACCACAGGUGGGCUAGGUUUUGCCGCCAGCCUUGACCAACUUGAAUUCGAAAAUGAACUGCGAGUACCCGCAUGGAACAAGAUUGUGGAGACUUCUCGAGAACAAUAUGAUUUGAACCGAGAUCUCGGGGGACAUGCUGUGGCGCGAACGUGGGGCUUGGCAUCUUACCGCGGCAUAAAUGCUGUACUUUUCACAAAACACCCUACAGAUAUGAUCGAAUACCGGGUUGCGUCAGACGAGGAUGCAACCAUUGCAUUUGCCUCAGAUGAGGCAGGUGGCAUACCGGACAAGCAAGCCCUCAUUGCCCCGCGAGUAGAAAAACAGGAGUCACGGGCGACUCAAAGCCGACGGGAAGCAGUGACCUGUUUUCUUCUUUCGCAGGAUGACAUUGCCACUGUGAGUAGAGAGAACCAGAAGCUCAUUUACGCAGCGGCUUGUUGCAGCAUCGUAGAUGGACACAGCCCUGCGAUUCGCUCCAAGGCUCAGAAGGCAUUCGAGCGCCUAGCAAAGAAGACAGCUACAGACCUGAGUGAGGAAGUGACGAAGUGUGUGUCCGAGUCCUCUUCAAUUCCGGCCAAGUCUUCACAUCAGCUUGAUCAAGCAGGUGGAUAUCUCUUUGAGCGAUGCGAGAUUUGUAAGGCGGGAAUUGCAUGGAUCUCGGCCACGGAGGCCCAAUGCGCGAAUGGUCAUCUUUUUGCACGCUGUGGGCUCACCUUCCUGGCUAUACAAGAGCCUGGGGUGUCCAAAUACUGCUCUGCUUGCCUCACCGAGUACAUGGAUGAGGCAUUGGUAGCUCCUCAUAUCUUCAAUGGCCAGCUCUUCCAAGAACUUUGCGAGACAUUUGAUACCUGCCUCUACUGUGACGCUAAGUUUCACCCUAGCAUCUAG